AGGUGGCCGGCAGCAGAGCCGGGUAGAAGGCAGGCCGAGAGCCGCACUGGAAAAAUGGCCCCGUCAGCCACCAGUCCCCACGUGCCCAGAGCCCGGGCUGGGCGGGGCUGCCGAGCAGGGCCGGGCAGGAAGGGCAGAAGUCCGGGCCUCCAGCAAGCCUGAGAAGGGGGCUAGCGGGAACAGAAGGGCCAGCCGGGGAAAGACUCCCCCUGAGGUUGGGCCCGCGCCCCGUCAGCCUGCUGCCAGCUCUCGGGGGCUGCCGCUGUCAGGCAGGGGCACGGGAAAAUCCUGAGUGCUUUCUGCGAGUCACUCAGCGCAACCGGGGACAAGCCUGCGUCUCGGGAAGUACGCUAGCCUGGUGUCAAAGGGAGCCAAGGGUCAUGAGUACGCACGUGUGUCUACCCACCCACAUGUGCGUGCCUAGGUGCACGUGCAUGUGCUGCUCACGUCCUACUGCAUGUACGCGUCCGUGUGCCUUGCACGCAUGUCUGUGUUGCAUGUGUGCACACCUGUGUGCAUACGUGUGAGCUGCCAGGAGGUUCCCCCUGGGGCGCUGUUCUGCUCUCCCAUGAAUGGGGUCUGUAUAUUGGCAGGGGACCUUCCCCGGGACUCCUGACCCCCCUCCUCAGGUCCCUCUGCCCUGGCAGGCUCUGCGCCCCAGCCUUGCCCACAGGAUGAGCCCUGUGGAGGCCUCUGGCUGACAGCCAGGCUGGGGGGGGCGCUGUGCCGUCAUCUCCACACAGGGGAGGAGGAAAGGUUGCUGUGGGCAGAGCGGGGGAGCUGGUGAGGACCGUAGCCCUGGGGAGAGGUCUGGCCUUGUGGGAGGUGGCAGCAGUGUAGACCAAGGGCUGAGCUGGGCAGGGCUGGGUUUCCAGGACAGCCAGGGGUAGCUGGGGGCCUGGCUGCUUGGGCCAGAGAGGAACAGAAGGUUUUCCUCUUUCGCAUCCCUUUGUCAAGUGCUUAUCCACAUGUGCCACACUCUCCCACCCUAGUUACCUUCACCCAAGCCAGGCUCAUUCCUCCCAGCUGAAACCACCUUUGAAAAGAAAAAGAAAAAUCCAGGAUUCAUGUCCCCAAGGAGCCCCAGAAUCAGAGGUACUGGUUAUUAGGUCUGUGCCCAGCUUAUCAGGAGCGCCCAGAGGUAGGCCAAGGUUGGGACUAGGGGGCAGUGUAGAGUUGGGUGCAGGCCCGGGACUUCUGCAUUCAGGUUUUGGGGGACAAGGGCUACUGCGAUCUGGGCUGUGAAGAAACGAAGCAGAGCGGCGGGGUCAAGAUGCCAAGUUGCAGCUGCACCAGCAAAGAACCAAUCCUCAUAGAACAGCAAACAAGUGUGUGGUAGAGAGGUAUAGAGGGGCCGGGCCUUGUGUCCUGACGAAUGGGAAUCACUGGAGAGUCUGAAGCAUGGUUAUAUUUGAAAGUCACUUGCCGCUGUGGAGGCAGGAUUGGAGGCCAAAGGCCCUGGUAGAGGUGGUGGCUUUGGGUUAGGUGAGAAUAAGGCUGCUUGGCCUGGGUGCAGGUGGCAUGGUGAGGAGCUGCUAGACUGGGGGGCCACUGGGGCCUUACUGCCAGCCAAAGGGCGGGACGGGACAUGCCCUCCUGCCUGCCUGAUGGAUGUUGAGAAAGCCGGGGACCUCAGAGGAGAGUUGAAGCCUGAGAAGACCAGACACAGCUUCUAAGCCUUGGCUCGCUCCAGCCUGACUCUUACUCAUUCAGAAAGUAUUUGCUGGGCAUGUCUGGUGUGCCGGCGCUGUUCAAGCGCUGGGCCAGCGAGGCCCUGCUCGUGGGGGUCUCCAUCCCAGUGAUGGGAGAUGGACAUCAUGUGAUGUGUGGCGUGGUAGGCAGUGGUGAGGUCCAUGGAGAAGCAAGCAAGGGGGCAGGAGGGCUGCUGCUUCAACAGGACUGUCCUGGGAGGGAGGAGCGAGCCCCCUCCACUGGUUCCUCCCCAUGACCACAGCUGUAAAUCCUGGACAAAGGCAGAAAGCAGAUCUCAGAGAACUGAAGAGUAAGUAGCAGGCAGAUGAAGCGGAUCAGAUUCAGAGUUCCAUGUGCACAGAGGCCAAAAAGCAUUGCUGGUAUUUUGAAGGACUCUAUCCAACCUAUUAUAUAUGCCGCCCUUACGAGGACUGCUGCGGUCCCAGGUGCUGUGUGCGGGCCCUGUCCAUACAGAGGCUGUGGUACUUUUGGUUCCUUCUGAUGAUGGGCGUUCUCUUCUGCUGCGGAGCCGGCUUCUUCAUCCGGAGGCGCAUGCACCCCCCGCCGCUGAUCGAGGAGCCGGCAUUCAACGUGUCCUACACCAGGCAGCCCCCGGACCCCGCUCCAGGAGCCCAGCAGCUGGGGCUGCCGUUUUACACCGACCCUGGAGGACCAGGGAUGAAUCCUGCUGGGAACCCUGUGGCAAUGGCUUUCCAGGUCCAACCCAACUCACCCCAGGGAAGCAUGGCCUACCCACCGCCCCCUUCCUACUGCAACACGCCACCGCCCCCAUAUGAACAGGUGGUGAAGGCCAAGUAGCCGGGAGCUGCCUGGCACCUGCCCGUGCAACUGGCCGGGGAGGCCGGAGAGGCUGUCACUCGCCCUCCCUGUCUCCAUCACCGUUCACGUCCAGGAAUGGUCUUCUGAGCCACUAAGGGCAAACUCCUUUUUGAUAUCUUCAAAGCAAGCACAGCUUCCUUUCAAGUUUUCCUUGGAGGACCAGGAUUUGAAUUCACCCCGUGUCUCCUCUGUUGCUUCUGUUUCCAAUGUAAUCUGUGCUCUGGCCGAGUGGAGAGUGCCGAGGGUUGACCCCCUAGGGUGGCGUGCCCAGACCCUCAGGGGAGAGACCCCGGCGGAAGGUGAGGCAGGGCGCGUGCAGGUGAGUACGCGUGAAUGCGAGGAGGGGCCCGGGCCGCCCGGAAGGCCCCGCACACGGCAGGCAGCCCGUCUGAAACGAGGCACCACCACAGGGCCAGCUGUGUGAGCCCCUCGCCCGUCAGUCUUCCUCUUCAAAAGGCUCUCAGAGAAACAGGCGUUGGCGGCGCAGCCUCGGAGCCCUCUCUUCUCCAUCCCCUUCCUGAAGACCAGAGCUGCCCUCUGCACAGCCAGGGCUGGGAGAGCCCUGGGCACGGCCUGCACCUCAAGGAGAUGAGGAUCCGGAAUCAGGCCAAGCUGAUGUCUAUAGUUAUCUGAAAGUCACUGAGCAAAGUUAUUUAAGUUCAUGGGAAAUUGCCCCCUGCCUCAAACCGGACAUUGCAUUUGAUGAGCUCUUGGUCCGACUUGGGGAGAAAAACGUUCACGCCCUUUUCAGCGUGUCCUGUGGAAGGUGGUGUGGAGUCCUGUCCUGAGGUCAGACGCGGAGUCCUUCCUGGACGUCGGCAGCUCUCUGGCCUGCGGUCACGGCCAGGCGCCUCUGCCCCUCCCCUGAGGUAGCUGUGACGGCGCGUUGCGAGGGACACUUUCAAAGCAGAGAGGCACCUCGGCUGGGAAGGCACAUCAGCCCCUGGAGAGAGGUGUCCCAGCAGGACGCAGUCGGUGGCUUGAGCCUGGGCUGGGCAGGCCGGGGCCCUGGCUGACUGAUCUCGGCAGGUGUACGCCAGGCUCCGAAGACGAGGAGCUUGCCAAGAAAAAGACGGGAACACAAAGCCCCAGGACUGCAGAGAGAGCUCUUCAAAAAGGACCGAAUAGAUUUCACUGAGGAGUUCAUCAAAAUUAGAAUAAAGAAGAUCUGGUUGGAAACGCAAACCCUGGCUCAGAAACCUCUCUGGCCCUGGGAUCACAGGUAGUCCUGGGUUGUUAGGGGGCCGGAGUCCUGCUCCUCUGCGUAGUGAGUAAUGCCCACGAUCGUGUAUUUAAACCCAGAGUGAGACCUGACAGGUCACGUACAGGAAGGGCAAAGCCGCGUAGCCAAGACAUGUAGAUCCCUGUAUGUGUAGCGGUGGGGUGGAGUGCUUAUGUUUGAAAUGAACUAAACAGAGCCUCUUGAGUUGUCACUCGUUGAACCUGAGCAUCAGGGCAUCUCACCGGAGUGGUUGCUGAGGGUUUUCGUCCCCUAGCCCUAGUCUCCGUGUCCCUGCUCUGCCGGGACACGUCUGUGGCGUAGGAGUGAGGAAUCAGGAUGGGGCCACAAUGACUUACCUUUCCUAAGGAUGGGGACUCUGGGAGCCUCCCCGGGACUUCCACAGGACGCUCUUGGAGCCAGAUGAACACCUUGGAAGCAGUCUGUGAACACGGAUGCUGCUGCCGGUGUCUUUGACCACCGAGUGUGACCUCUGAACUCCUGUGCCCAACUUCAGUACCUCCCCGCACUCAAGUCCUUGACUCGAACGCGACAACAAAGCGCAGCAUUUGCUGUUGACAACCCAGGACAGCUGCAUGGGUCCAAAAGGCCCUCCUCCUCCAGGUCGUUCGUUCUGCACUUUCAGGCCCAGUCUCUCCCUUUACUGUUCUGAUGAGGAAGCGCCCCGCGAGCUGCCCCUGGACUUGGGCUGGGUGCAGCUCAGUAGCCACCCAAAUGUCCGUGACGAAAUUUUGUUUAUCUUUUUGAUAGCAAAUGAUCUUGAGACUGAACGAUUUAGGUAGCACUCAACAAUUUUAUAUUCACGUUUGUGUGAGAUACAUUUUGUUUUCCCUUGAACCGGGGUGAGAACCCACUACUGUGGGCACUGACACUGUGUGUAGAAAUUCCACUCGCAGUGACACCUCCUGCCCAUUCUGUUUCCCCCUGUGCUGUCAGUGGGCAGUGCCCAUCGCUUGGAGCCAGUCCAGCUCCCGGUGUGUGAAAUUCCAUAGAGUUCCGUAGAGUGUGUGGCCAGGAGUGAGCUGGGAGCAGAUCGGUGCAUGCUUUUCCUCUUGUAACACUUGGCUCAGUUCUCUUUUUUGUUCUUUUGAUAGGGUCAUGUUUCCUAUGUAUGCAAAAUAAAAAUAAAUUUGGGUGUGU